GCUUUCAUUCCAUUCCAGCAUCCUCACGACACUCAGCUAUCAUGGGGGAUUCCAAUCGCCUGGAGGAGCUUUUGAAAAGACCUCUUUAUGUUUAUGACCUUCCGCCCGAGCUUCUUGCAACCCUAAGCGCAAAAACCGCGAGCCAGCCUUUCGCCGAACAGACCCAACAAGCUCCCGAGCCCUCCUCCAAGGAUCUAGAGACUGCAGCACAGGAAUCUGCCAUCGCAACAUCGACACUAUGCUCCCUCUGCAAAGUCACCUAUCUGAAUGUCCAAGAGCAACGCAGCCACGUCCGCUCCGAUCACCACCGCUUUAACAUCAAGGCGCAACUCCGCGGCGACGCCCCUCUCGAUGAGAUUCAGUUCGCCAAGGCAGUUGGAGAGCUGGACGAAUCUAUAUCUGGAUCAGAAUCAUCCGAGACAGAAGAGGAAGAAGCCGAGGGAAAUGGCGACACCACGCUUACGGCUUUGCUGAAGAAGCAAGCUAAGCUCUCUGGGGCGAACGAGAAGGACACAACAACCGCCACGGGGGGCUCGCCAAAGAACCCCUUGUUUUGGUUCUCAAGCUCCGGCUUGCCAUCAAACAAGUCAUUGGGGAUUUAUAGGGCGAUGUUCUCAGACGUCGAGCAGGAUGCGCCUGCCCACUUGGUGGAGUCAUUACGGAAGAAGCAACUCGCCCCCGUCAAGGCACGUACCAAUAAUGCGCAGGGGCAAAAGGACCUGUCAGCCUCUGGUCCACACAUCUUUAUGUGUAUGAUCGGCGGUGGCCACUUCGCGGCAAUGGUGGUGUCGCUGGCGCCGGAGAUCCACCGCAAACAGGGAGGCGUGGAGGAUAGGCAGGCAAGAGUCAUCGCACACAAGACAUUCCAUCGAUAUACCACGCGACGGAAGCAAGGUGGCUCCCAGUCGGCCAGCGAUGCAACUCGAGGAGCCGCUCAUUCAGCGGGUUCCAGCCUGCGUCGCUAUAACGAAGUGGCAUUGGAGAAGGACAUUCGUGAACUUCUCGCAGACUGGCGGCAAAUGAUCGACAGCGCAGAGCUAUUGUUCGUUCGCGCCACUGGAAAGACGAACAGGCGGAUUCUUUUCGAGAAGUAUGAAGGAAACGUCUUGAAGCAGCAUGACCCUCGACUGCGCGGAUUUCCCUUCAAUACUCGUCGGGCGACCCAAGGCGAACUCAUGCGAUCUUUUAAGGAGCUGACCCGUGUGAAGGUCAGCGAGAUUGACGAGGCUGCCCUGGCAGCCGCGGCGGAAGCAGCAAAACAAAAAGAAGUGGCCAAGCCCUCAACGCCACGCCCACAACCUCAAAAGCCAAAGCUUUCCAAGGAAGAGGAGGCUGCACUGCUACAUACAUCCCAAACCCAAGCUCUCAUCCGUCGCUCAAAAGUUCCGGCUCUCAUGUCUUACCUCUCCAACAACUCGAUCCCCUCUUCAUUUACCUUCCAGCCUGCCGACUCACCUCAGAACUUUCGCUGUCCCACCCCUCUCCAUCUUGCUGCCAACAAUAAUGCCCCUGCGGUCGUGAACGCCCUUCUCACUCGAGCCAACUCAGACCCAACUGUGACUAAUGGUGAAGGCCGUACUCCAUUUGAGCUUUGUGGAGACCGUCCGACUCGGGAUGCAUUCCGUAUUGCCCGUCAUGAACUUGGCGAGUCGAAAUGGGAUUGGACAGCGGCAAAGGUCCCGGCCGCGAUCUCAAAGACAGAUGCGGAUAGCCGAGCCGAGAGGGAACGAAAAGAGGCAGCAGAAGAAGAGACUAUUCGCCGUAAGGCUAGUUUGGAACGUCUGAAGAAGGAAGAUGCCAAAAGGGUUGCAGAGCAGAUAUCAAAGUCUGGUGGGCGAACUCUGGGGGCAGUGGAGAAGACCGCAGCUGAGAAGCGGGAUGAGGAGACCCGAGGCAUGACAGCAGAGAUGAGGAUGAGGCUAGAGAGAGAACGGCGAGCGAGAGCCGCAGAAGAGCGUUUCCGACGAAUGCAAGGGAACUGAUGGCUGGGUAUGCGUCUGAAAUCCUUCCAGCGUUGACUCGCAAUAAAUAUUGUAUUCAUUACACAAAAUCUUUCAAUAGAAACAGAAUAUACCAACUGGCCAAAGCGUUUGAGCUCGGCUAAACAAAAAAAAA